CUCGGCUGUCAACUUGAAUGCUGAAGUCCUCCCAGUUCCCUUCCUCCCUUCUCGUGUCCACCCUCUGCAUCGCUGCUUGUGGCUCAGACCGCCCUGGCUUGUCCAGGCGCCCGGCUUCUGCUGCACCAUUCCCAUACAUUGUCUCGGUAUUAUCGCACUGCUGUGCUGACGCUUACACAUGUUCCGCCCCGUUGCAGUGGGUCUGGCAUUAACUGGCGCUGCUCGCGUGCGUGCAGAGGGGGAGGCCCUGGCCACCGAGCUCGCGGAAGAGGUGCUUGCUUGGGAUACUACGAAGGUCUUGCCAAGCCCUUGGGAGACGGUCUUCAACCGACCGUCGAACAGGGAUGUGGGCUCUGUCACCGAGCAUCCCAUCUGGGACAAGUAUGAUCUCGAAGUGUUCCCAGAUUCCCUCGAGACCGUGCAAGAGCAGGACGGCUUCCCGCCCACCAUCGCUAUGGGAAGAGUGUUGAUGAAGGAGAACAGGAAGCCAACCAUGCCGCCCCCGAGCUACCGCAUGACGGGCGUGGGAGGCGAAGAGGUGAGGCACCUCAACGGUAUGGUGAACCCAGCUGGAGAGACGACAGUCUGGGGCUGGCAGAGGAUCAGGUAUUUGGCAAUAAAGACGUGGAUGAAUUAUUGGUCGGCCCGCAACAGCGAAAAGUUGAUCGUGCUCCAUGCCAGUGGCGAGGUGCUCUAUGCUGGCUGCUCUGAGAACACGAUCGCCUCCAAGUACAACCAGGUGAUCACCGCUAGCGGUGGCACUCAGAAGAUUGUCUUGGCCGCCGAGGUCAGCCCGUGGCCUGUUGAGCUCGGGUGGCGCUACGACCAGACCGCCGGUAUCGCCACGACCAGGACCGAUUUCCUGACAUCGGUGGGCGUGUCCGAUUCUUUUGCCUCAACUUAUGCCGAUUGCACCAACACGACUGUCGGGUAUUGUACCACUCCGCCAAAGUAUCAAUUCGCAAACUCGGGCUUCAUCAUGGGCCCUGUCGGGGAUGUGGCAGAGAUGCUGAACGACUUUUACUACUGGUCCGGCUCCGAGAACAACUUGGUCAACGAGUAUUUCCUCCAUAACCCAGACCAGGUGGCUCUCGACUACGCCGGCAUCCUGGUGCUGUCCCUCAACAACAUGAAGCUGGACGCUAGCAUCCCCGUGACGGUGGAGGUCGCUUCGGGUGCGAAGUCUUUCAAGAACCUGAUCACAGGCACCAACGUGUGCUUCGUGCACGGAGGCGGGAACUCGUUUGAUGCACUUAAGGUUCUUGCGCAGGAGUUGCUGGCGGACGCGUGAGAGUUCUGUGGCGCGGAGCACGUUUUCCAGAUGGCCCAUUCGUGUUGAGGCUCGUCCCUCCCUGCUUCUGCUCCCGUUCACCUGCCGACGGCGCAUGAUUACCAAUGCUAGACAAUAUGGCACGGGCAAGCGCAGCACACAUGCCUGGGAGGGUACGUCUUCUUCGUCGCUGUGCGGAAGGCACCCGGCGAAUCUUUGCCGAAUAAACACAUGUGAGUCGG